AUGGAGCUACCGAAGCUGCCCUCGGCUUGGACCCCCUCUCUACCGACGGUAGAGACGACGCCGACCAGCUUUGGUCGUCAGGUGAGUACCGGCAAGAGGCCGCAGGUGCGCGUUGGCGGAAGCUUUCUCCACAACUCAGCGGAGGGGACCGGGCCUGUCUCUUGCAAAAGCCGGUUCGAGGCUGUCAUGACGAGCAUGUACUUGGCGAACUUCAUGGCAGUGGUGGUGCUCGUGGAUGCCAUUAGCACUUGUGCAGACAUUGAUGCUACUGCAGCCGAUGAAGCAACACCUCCGAUCUUCCAGACGAUCUCCGACAUGUGCUUAGUUUGCUACACGUGUGAGGCGCUGGGCUUGUUUGGCUUGUAUGGCCGUCCGCUCUUCAAAGACUGGAUGAUGAUCCUGGACGUAGUGAUUGUCCUGUGUGGCUGGGGUGAGAAGAUUCUAGCUUCUGUGAACUUGUUUGGCUUUCGCAUCUCAGUGCUCAGGGCGUUGCGAUUAGUGAGGAUCUUCCGGCUGAUGCGCCUCUUGAAACGGAUUCGACCCUUGAGGGAGUUGCACAAGCUGGUGAUGAUGAUGGCCACAUGCCUCCGAACCCUCAUUUGGUCUUUCAUGCUUUGCUUCGUCGUGAUGACCGUCUGGGCCAUGUUGAUGGUUGAGAUCGUACAUCCAACCUUGCUGGAAAUGUACCAGCAGAACAAGUUCACCGACUGUGAUGAGCAUUGCUUGAGGUCUAUGUCCUCUGUCAUGGAUGCAAACCUCUUGCUCUUCAAGACGGUCAUUGCAGGAGACAGCUGGGGUCAGAUUGCGGUUCCAGUCAUUCGUGAGCAUCCUGCAACAGCAAUCAUCUUUGUGGGAUCCUUGCUCACUCUCGUGUUCGGUGUGCUGAACCUGAUUGUCGCUGUCGUCGUUGACACUUUCGCGGAUGCUAGACUCAACGAUGUGCAGAACUUGGCAGAGGAGAUGGAGGAUGAGAUUGAGCACGACCGCAAAGCUUUGGCAAAGCUGUUUGCCAGAAUCGACGAAGAUGGAAGCGGCCAGCUAACUCUGACUGAGAUGAUCGAGGGUGCACGCCGAGAUCCAGGAUUUCAGAGUCGCCUGCGGGUGAUGGACAUCGACGAGCAAGACCUGGAGCAACUUUUUCAGAUGAUCGACCGCGAUCAGUCUGGUACAAUCGAAGUGGCUGAAUUCAUUGGUCCGCUCAGCAGGUGGGCGCAUGAUUCCAAAACAGCCCCCCGCUUCAUCAAGUACCACAUGCUACAGACGAUGCAAAUGCAGGAGGAUCUUUGGGACCUGUCAGUGGAAUGCUUUGGGCAAUUGAACAACCGUAUUGAGGAGCUGUCCAAGCGAUGGUUGGGUCAGGCAGCUGGAGAACACGAGGCCCCCCCAGCAGGAAGGCGAUUCUCCCACCACAGCGCCACCAGCACCACGGAGUCGUGCUAUGAAACUGCUGGGCACACGGCUGAUUCCUCGGUCAUGGAGACGAACCACACAAUCGAGUUGUCGAGGGUGCACUCCAGGGACUCGCAAGGUAUGACCAUGGAGUCUCGACCCAGUGACGGGAGUCAGAUGUCGCGAGUUUCGCCCCAAGACUUCUCCCUCCUUCAAGGCGGGGUGUCGACCUUCCAUGGGGUGGAUCAGCCUCGCUCCUCGGCGCACGCGGACUUCUUGGCCGCCAAGACCGAAAGCAGGCAAAGACAUGAGGAGUCACUCGUCGUGCUGGGCCUCUUGGAGGCAGCCACGGCAAAGUUGGAGUCGAGAAUGGAGAGCUUCCUGGCAGAGAUUCGUUCUCCAACGCAGGAUCACGCGAUGGCUCCUGCUGAGGCGAUACUGGCGAAGAAGAAGGUCAAGAAGAAAGGAAACAUUCUCCAUCCAGAGGCCUUCAGGAAUAUGUACAUGGAUCGUGGGCGCCGGCUCUUCCAGCCGCAAGAUGUGACAUCAAACUCGCCUCACCACGCUGUGCAUGCGCGAAGCCACCAUGCAGCCGAUGAUGCUCCGGCUCCAAGCAAUGCAGCAAAGUACAAAUCCAAGUCUGAUGCCGCUCGCUCAAGAGACAGCGAUGACUCUUUCCCACGAAUUUAA